AUGCCAGAACCCGAAUCAACAACAGUAAUCAUCGGCGCGGGCAUCAUCGGCUGUGCAACUGCAUACUAUCUCUCUCACUCCCACCCCACGAAACCUCAAAACAUCCAUCUCAUUGAUUCCUCUCCUGAAAUCUUCGCCUCAGCCUCCGGAAAAGCAGGCGGUUUCCUCGCCUCAGACUGGUUUGGACCCGCAACAGCCUCACUCGGCGCUCUAUCAUUCCGACUACACGAAGCACUUGCGAGGGAGAAUGAUGGAUACAAGAGGUGGGGGUACAGUCGGAGUACAGGGACCAGUCUGGUAGAUGGAGGAGGUGGAUCUGUACACGAGGGCGACUGGCUUGCCGAGGGUGGGAGUAGAGCUGAAGCAGCUGGUAUGCACGAGUAUGGGAAUGAUGGCGUAGGGCCUAGAUGGCUCAAGAGGAGGAAAGGAGAUUAUGUCGAGGUAAUAAGUGAGGAGGGAGGUGUCGCGCAGGUUGAUCCGUUGCGUCUGUCCAAGUUUCUACUUGGGGAGAGCCUGGAUAAGGGAGUACGGUUGCAUCAACCUGCUCGGGCUGUCAAGCUUGUUACCGGGAAAGAUGGCGUUAUGAAGGGGUUGAGAGUCAGGAAAGAUCGUGAUGCCGAAGAUGGGGCUAAAGAGGAGGAAAUCCCAUGUACACGACUUCUAAUCACAGCUGGAGCCUGGACAGCGAAAGUCUUCGCAUCUCUUUUUCCAGGUUCAAAGCUAAGAAUACCCGUCUCCCCACUGGCAGGUCACUCUGUGGUCGUUCGAAGCCCUCGCUGGACGAGGGAGCACCAAGCAGAAGGCUGCCAUGCCAUUUUCACCACCAUGCAAAAUGGUUUCAGUCCCGAGAUUUUCUCUCGCAUCGGCGAAGAGAUCUAUAUCGCCGGACUCAACUCGCCCUCUAUCCCGUUACCGGACGUCGCCACGGACGCCAAGAUCGACCAAGAGAGUAUCAAGGAGUUGAUGGAAGUCUCUCAGCGUUUGCUUGGAAAAGAUGGUACUGAUCUUUCAGAUAUUGAGCUUUUGCGAGGAGGCCUGUGUUUCCGACCGGUCACCCCGAAUGAAUCUCCGAUACUGGCCAAGGUUUCGGGGAAGCAGCUUGGGGAUGUGAGCACUUCACCGAAUGGUGGAGUCUUUGUCUGUGCCGGCCAUGGACCUUGGGGUAUCAGUCAUAGUCUAGGGACUGGCAAGGUCAUGGCUGAAAUGCUAGAAGGGCAGAAGACGAGUGCAGAUAUCAAGCGAUUAGGUAUGCCUUGA